GGCAGCCAGUCGGCCCAAGCCCAGUCGAGUUGCUAUGGUGAUCCACCCCUCCUGUUGCUCACCAGCCUGACGCCUCAACAGAAGGCAGUGGCUGUGGCCGUGGCGGCUGCAGCUGCGGCCGCCGUCUGCGCCUCGAAUCCCGGAUCACCUCAGCCCGGAGACCCCGGGGCCGGUCAACACGGCAGCUGCAGUCCUGGACCGGGCCGGAUGAUGACGAUGGGGCCAUCUGCUGGGACCGGGUACCCCGGCUCGUCUCCGUCGGCAAUGCCUUCGGGAGAGGAGAGGCCGGCGAUGGGUCCGCCGGGCCUCGGAUGUCCCGGAGAGUCGGCAGCGGCCUCUUCUGUUUUCACUCAGCCGCUGGGGCGUCAAUUGGGCCUGUUGGACGCUGAAAUGGUGGCCGCCGGGCUUAGACGACCCAACCUUCACCGACACACACUGUCAAUAUAG